CUCAAGGAGCUGUAACAUGAACAAACACCUUAUAAAUGAACGUGCAGCACUCGGCGCCUCAUGAGUCUAAGUCUUGGUUCAACGUAGCAUUGACGGUUUAGAUGGAUUACAAACUGAAUGAAACUUACAUUACAUUUGGUGGGUUUGUAGAGAUGGUGAGAUUCAGGCAUGUUUACUUUGUGAUCAUUUUCACAUUCUACAUUAUGAUCCUGGGCUCUAAUUCCACUAUUGUUUGCUUAAUUGUGAUUUACAAAAACCUUCACUAUCCCAUGUAUAUAUUUAUUGCGGCUCUGUUGAUGAACUCCCUUUUUUAUACCACUGCCAUUUAUCCCAAACUGUUGCUUGACUUGUUAUCUGACAAACAGAUCAUAUCACGCACAAUGUGCUACUUUCAGUAUUACAUAUUUUAUACUUCAGCUGGUGCUGAGUUCAUGCUGUUGACUGCCAUGGCCUAUGAUAGAUAUGUGUCCAUAUGUAAACCUUUAGAAUAUCCAAACAUCAUGAAAAGAACUACAAUCUGUGUUCUGUUGGUUUUGGCUUGGCUUGGACCUGCUUGUGCUGUUGCUGGGUCAGCUUUCAUGUCUGCUAAGGAAAAGGUUUGCUACUUUACUUUGAAAGGGCUUUUUUGUAACAACUCAAUAUAUAAACUUAAUUGUAUAGUUUCAAGAACACUUUCUGUGUAUGGUAUUAUAUUUUUACUCAGUAUUGCAUUUCUGCCUAUGAUUUACAUUAUUUUCACAUAUACAAGAAUAUUUGUUGUAUGUUAUCAUGGCUCUAAAAAUGUAAGGAGAAAAGCUGUACAAACCUGUACACCUCAUCUAAUGGUUUUGCUUAACUUUUCAUUGUUAUCUGCUUAUGAUAUUAUUGUGGUUAGAUUGGAAACUAAUAUUUCACAAUCAGCACACUUUUUAAUGACUUUACAACUAAUAAUGUAUACUCCUCUUAUUAAUCCAAUCAUAUAUGGACUAAAAAUGUCAGAAAUUUUUGAAAAACUUAGGAGAUUGUUUUGUCAAGUGAAAUAA